UUUAUACUUGUUUCUAGAUAAUGAUCUAGUAAGAUCAAAUAUCAUAACAAUAUAUUAAACGACUUGGCAAAUAGUUGAGUAUCGAUUUCUACAAUACCUUUGUAUAGUCUGUGAAUAACAAAUAUGGAACCAGGAAUAAUUGCUGCAAUUGUGAUAUUGUCUGUCGAACUUAUUAUCAUCAUCGUUGUUCUGAUUUAUUUGUUUUCAAGAAAAAAACCUCCAGCUACCGAAACACCGAAAGACAAGGCCACUGUAGAAGCAGGAAAAUUCAAUAAAGAUGAAUCACCAGAAAAGAAAAAGGAAAUUCCAAUGGAAACCAAAGUCGUCGAUGAAAAUGAGGAAAAGAAGGAAGACGUUAAAAAGGAGGAGCCUUCACCAAUUUCUGAAAAGAAAUCAGAACCUGUCUUGAACAAAAUGGACACUUCUGACUCAAGCUCCACAUUCGAAUCUUCCAGCAGCGAGGAAUCAGAAUCCGAACCUGAAAAAACGGAACAUAAAUCAAAACCGGAAGACAAACCGAAGUCGGACUCCGAAUCUGACUCAGAUGAUUCAAAAUCUUCUACCCAAGUGAUUCCAGUGGUAUCUGGACUGGUUUCAACAGUCCCACCUGAUGGAGAGAACAAUUGUGAUAAAAUUGAACAGGAUGUCAUUGGGCCAAAUACAGAUCCCGUAAAAGAAACAAAAGAAAAAAAUGUGGAAUCGGCAGCACCUUCAUCUGAUGAGGGUGUAGGUGAUAUAGAGAAACGUCCCAUGACGUCGUCUGACACGUCAAGCAGUAGUAGCAGCUCGGAAAGUGAAACAGAAAUGGAAGUGAAAAAGGAAAAUGAAUCUGAUAACGAGAAAGAAGAAACGAUGCAGAAAGAAAAUCAUUCAUCCUCUUCGUCGAGUUCGUCUUCUUCCAGUGAAAGCGACAAUGAAAUAAUCCCGACGCCUGAUAAACCAGCACCUGUCGCAAUAAUACCUCUACAAAGAGCAGAAGCUAAUGAUUCAUCAUCCAGUGCAAUGCAUUCAUUGGAAAAUGGGAUUACUCUUUCCCUUCGUUUGGACAAUUUAAAUGAUAGAAAGUCUUCAAAGACUUCAUUAUCGACUUCAUCAUCAUCAUCCGAUUCUUCUUCCUCCUCGUCAGAUGAAGAAGGAAUUAAAGUCAUACGGAAAUACGAUACUAUGCCGAGCAAUGGGACCGUCAAUGGCGAUAUUGCUGUUAUUUAUGAUCCUUUACAACACAAGGUCGUGAAUAUGGAUAAUUUUAGAACCCGGCGAUAUUCAUCGUCUUCUAGUGGAUCUGACGUGGAUGAAAUUGUUCCCAAUCACGGAGAUGAAGUAGUGGCAGGAAUAAUCAACGUUACAAAAGGGGAAAAGCUGACAAUAAGCAAAGCUAUUUCUAAAGGUCUCAUCCCUGAGAAAACGGGUAUGCUGUUGCUGGAAGCUCAGGCUGCAACUGGCAGUGUCGUCAAUCCCAGAACAACAGUAAAGUUGUCGGUUAGCGAUGCGGUGGAAAAGGGCGUGGUUGACGCAAAAUACAAAGCUACCCUUUCUGCUUGUGAAGGCGCUUACUAUGGCUAUUUGGAUCCGAGAAAAAACGAAAGCGUACCUCUAUUUGAAGCGAUGCGACGAGGUAUAUUUCCCCGAGCUCAAGGCAUGCGACUUUUGGAAGCUCAGGUUGCGACUGGUGGCAUUAUUGAUCCGUGGACAGGCAUACGAUACCCGCUUUCUAAUGCCUUAGCAAAAGGUUUGAUUGACCAAAGUACAGCUAAAGUGCUGAAGAAUCCAGAGGAGCAUGCUGAUUUUUUCGACCCGAAUACGAAACAAAGAUUAAGUUACGGUAAUCUCCUAAGCAAAUGUAUUCGCGAUCUUAAUACUGGGUUGAAAUUUCUUUACCUGGAAGAAAAACCAACGUCAAACUUUGCUCAGUACCAGCCAGAACUACUGACAUUUCGCAGCGCGUUUCGCAGGAAAGUCACGUUACAGGAUCUCAUUGCAGCCGGUGUUGUGAGUCAAAGAACAUUGGAUUCUUUCAAUACUGGUGACAUCAGCAGAGACGAUCUUUACGAGAAACUAAAACCUUAUUUGGUUGGGGAUCUUCCCAUUGCUGGAAUAUACAACCGCUCGACUCACGAGGUUCUUUCGAUUUGCCAAGCUGUAAGGAGUGGUCUUCUCAGGAAAAGUACUGCUCUUGAACUGCUUGAGGCACAAGCAGCCACGGGAAACAUACUUGACCCUAAAACUGGCAAACAGUUAUCUGUGAGUCGUGCAAUAAGCGUUGGUCUUGUCGACAGUCAGUUUGCAUCAUCACUAAGAAAAGCGGAGCUAGCGGUAUUAGGCUACAAAUCAGCAGAGAAAAAUUCUACUAUUUCAUUGUAUGAGGCAAUGAAAAAAGGGCUUGUUCUUGAAAUUCAUGCUGUGCGACUCUUGGAUGCACAAAUAGCGACUGGUGGUCUCAUAGAUCCGGUAGGCGGAUACAGAAUUCCGGUAUCUGUUGCAGUAAAACGAGGAAUGUUGGAUCAAAGAUUAGCAGACGCUCUCGCUAACCCUACUCCAGAACAGAAAGGAUACUAUGAUCCAAAUACAGGCGAGAACCUAACUUAUGCCGAAUUACUACGAAGAACAGUUGUAGACAAAAAGAGGUAUGUUGGAAUGAGAUUGUUACCUUUGAACGAUAAAGCGCCAAACAUUAGGAUAAUCAGCAAAGGACCGACAAGAAGCCGUAAGGUCAUCAUUAUGAAUCCACAUACUAACAAACCAAUGAGUCUAAAGAAUGCAGUUGCAGCUGGAGUUAUCGACAAGGAAACAGCCAGAAGGUUACAGGCUCAACAAGGAACAUUCACUACAUAAUGCCAUAAAAUGCCCAAUUUUAUGAGUUAAUUAAAAGCAAAUUGACAUCAGUAUACGCUAUUUAAUUGCAGUUUGUUUUACGGUUUAUGGCAGGCUAUUUCUAAAAACCUAUAUCUCUGAUGUUGUACAUGAGAAUGACAAAAUCGUUCCAAAAUCUAAAAUGUUUGCGGAUUUCAUUGCAAUUUAACAAACAGUUUCAUUAAAGUUUAUUCGAUAUAAAAGUAAGUACCACUAGGGUACGUAAACUAGGGUGCUAGCGCUCAGUGCAAAAAUAACAAUGAACAGCAGGAGAAAAAUUGCCUAGUGACAUAUAUAAUAUUUUAAAGUGUAACACAACGUAACAAACGGACAAUACUUGAGUCCCAGACUGAAAGAUGAAUUUAUUUAUUCCCCAUGAGCCACGCCGCCGUCUCCCAAUGAAUAAACACCAUACGCCGAUUUGCACUUAUAUGAGAUGGUCUUCCGACACGACUCUUUCUGUCGUGUAAAUGUAUUACAUUGUAAAAUAACCCGGCGUUUAUGUCACCAAUGAAAUAUUGGUUAAGUAAGGUUUGUUCUAUUUUUAUUGUAGAUUUGAUUUAUUAUUGUGUGUGCUUUUAUUUAUUGUUCCCUAUCGAUGAUCUUCAUUUCUUCGAUAUAUAUAAGUAUAUCUAAAUAUUGUUUAUUAACAAAAUUUUAUUUAAUCGUUUGGCUAUUCAAUGAAAACCUACGCCAAUUGCGAAAAACAGAAUGAAUCUCCAAAUCCCAUGGUCCAGUGGUUGAAUUCUUUCUGAGAAUAGUUUUGAAGGUAUACGUUGCUAUGACAUUUUUAACCUGUCACACUCCUACAAUUCUACUAUGAACCAGUUGUAUAACCAAUACUACUAACAAUCGUAACACCAAUUCACUAUAUCAGAAAACGACGUACUUGCUGUACAGAAGUCUGUUUUGUGGAGCGUGGUGUCCAAAAUGAUAACGGCUGGAUUAUAAAUGUUGACCACCCGACUAUAACAACUGUAAAUUCAAACAUCAAAGUCAAUUUCACUUUAUUUACAAAUUAAUCAGAACAUGUCAUCCCAAAAUAGAAUCUGGUGCUAUUUGUUGAUAAUAAACUUUUAACUUUAAAAUUG